UUCACCUCAGCAGGAUCAUAGUGUUAUCACACGUGGUCAGAGGGGUACUGCAGCAGCUGCGGCGUUUAGUGUACAAGCCCGUUACAUACUGCACCUGUGCUCUCAUAUUACCCGCAUAACGUUACUCUGCAGUGUCCCCACGUGACUUUCGGUCGGAUGUGGAUCUGGCAUGCAGAGCGGCGGAAGAAUUUGUUACACUCUACUAUGAAACCCUUGACAAAAGGCGAAUGCAACUGACCAAGUUGUACAGGGACACGGCUACGUUAGUGUGGAAUGGCAGUCCUGUAGCGGGACAGGAAGCGCUCAUUAAGUUCUUUGACAUGUUGCCAACCAGCGAAUUUCAAGUCAAUAUGAUUGAUUGCCAGCCUGUUCAUGAACAAGCUACACAAGGGCAGAAGACUGUGUUGGUGGUUACCCAUGGCUCAGUGAAGUUUGAAGGAAAUAAACUUCAUUACUUUAACCAGCAGUUCUUACUGACUCUACACACCACCACAGCCAACAGUGUAUGGAAGAUCGCAAGUGACACUUUCCGCUUCCAGGACUGGGCUGCAUAAUACAGAGCCGAAACAGCCUGUGGAACCGCUGAGAAAUCAGCCUUUUAUUUUAUUCCUCUUUGCUCAAGACCUUCAGGGGAGACAUCAGGGACUCUCACAUGGGAUGGAGAUACAUUUUUCUAAACAUUCAAAGUAAAAAUUGCGUUUGACCUGUUUAUCCUUUUUGUUUGUUUUUUGUCAUUUUGAUAAUGUACACAGUGUAUUUUAUAUUUUGUACUGAUGUUUACACAAAGCUUUGUUUUGUAACUUCUGCGGGACUUUGUUGUGGCUAAUACUCCAAUCAUCAUGAAGGUGACUUCAUCUUAUUUCAGUAUGAUCUAGCUCUUUAUGCAAAUAUGCAGCAUGGGGUUAGUUACUGUUAGGAAUAACUGGUAGUAGUAUUUUAAAACUAGGUUUUACACAUUUAAAAAAAAAAAAAAUCAUCAUUUCAAUAAUCAAGUUUAAUUGUUCUUAGCAGUGUUAUAAUUGGUUGUUAAUGUUCAACGUACAGGUUAUGAUUCAAUACUACAACCAGUAAAACUUUGAUACUAACAUCAAAAACUAUUAUAUUAUAUAACAAAAUGUGAAUAAAAAAAUAAUCCUAAACAUCCAAAGUAAAAUUUGCAUUUGACCUGUUUAUCCUUUUUGUUUUUUAUCAUUUUGAAUAUUUACACAGUGUAUAUUUGUUUUGUACAUAUGUUUUAAACAAGGCUCCUUUUUUUUUUUUCUUUUUUUUUUUUUUUGUGUGGUAACUUGUACAGGAAUUUUGUUUUGUUACUGAUAACAUAAAGGAUAAUAAUAAAAAUGUGCUGGAUUACAUCAUGUAAGAGCGUAAUUCACUACAAUUAGGUUUUGUAGAGUUCAUAAGUGCAAACCUUUCCGAACACUAGUACAUAGUUUGUUGUUUUUUUUUGUGUAAAAGGAUCUAAACUUUCUCGGGCAUCAGAAUGACAAAAGCCGCAACCUUAGUUCCUUACUUGGAUUAAUAAAAAUGGCAUAAUUUUA